AUGUUGUCGUGGUCUGGAUUCGCCGCUAACGCUUCUAAAUCAUCAGACUCUCCCAAGGGAUUGACAUCGACCCGGGGACGUAGACAUGGAGAUACGGCCGAUCAAGCCCCUCUUGCUCAGCUCAGCAAAAUUGGCGUCGACUCAGGCCGAGCGCCGGAGGCGGAAGCUCGACAUUAUGCAAUUGCUGAAGCAGGAAAUAGUGGCAAAGGGCCUGCAGGUGUGGUCAGAUCGGAGGAGGAAGGCCCUAUUGCACUGCGAGAUCAUCAGGUCCAUCGCUUGCUCGAGGAAAACCGAAGCUUGAAGGAUGAACUCGAGGAUGUUAAAGCUCAGCUUGCGGAUGCUAAGAGUUUUUUGGAGGCUAAACGCAAGGAGUUGAAGGGCGCCCAGGUGUUCCUCAAUCCAGCUGACACGCUCUCCACUACAGAUGUUGUACAGAGGGUUAUAACACUGAACGAAGAAAUAUUUCAAGCUGCUGCUCUCCUUGGAGAGAUGCUCCAGAUUCCGGAACAUGAGGAACUUAACCCGCUCCUCGUCCAAGUCGUGUUGCAGAUUGCCAUCACUACUUGGUGUAGCCAACUGCUAGCUGAAGGUAUAAGGAAAAGAACAUUGACCAACCAUUCUGCCUUCAUCCACGUCGUCAAAAGCCGUUUCUGGGACAAGCCCUCGCAAGGUUUCGGCGCCUACAGAGCGAGCUUGAUCAAUUGUAGAAUUGGCUAUGUACCCAGCUGGUGCUGCUCCGAGCUGAUCGCUUCUCAUGCCUGGACGAUCCUAGUAGGCAAGCAGUUUGCCGACAUCAACGCUUUCUUCCGAUACAUCAUCCAUUCAAAAGGGGAAAGUUCGGGUUUCUCCAGCGUAUGUUUUGAGGACGAUAGCACAUUUUUCUUCGAGCUAUCGGUCCGAUCGAGUAAAAGGUUUUUCCAGGAUGCAGGCAGGCAAAGAAGAGCGAAGAGCGAAGACCUCAUUGGCGAAGGAAAUCAAGUCGUUCGAGGAUUUUUCCCCCUAUAUUGA